UUAUAUAAAAUUUGCUUCAUUAGGCGUAGGCCUGAUCUUACAGAAGAACAGUUCUAUGACCACUGGAGGAAUGUCCAUGCGCCCAAGAUUGCGUACUGGUCCAAAAAGCAUGGCAUCAUCGGAUAUACACAGAUUCACACUCCUAGUGCCCUGCGUCAACCCUUAACGGCAACGCCGCUCCCCCUCGCCGUUAUGGACUUUGAUGGUGCUGUGAUUUGGGAGAUCCCUAGCUUGGAACAUUUUUUCAAUGCCUUCAACGACCCUUAUUAUAACAAUGUUAUUGCACCGGACGAGAAUAACUUUCUUGAUAAGAGC